AUGAGUCGCGCCAUCAGCCAUGCAGUGCGGCGCAUGACAGAGGAGGGCACACUGCCAGAGGCAUGCUACUACUCCCCCGACGUCAAGGAGGUCUCCUCUAAGCAGCGGCGCCUCCUGGGGCCGCAAGCUCUCCUCACAACAGCGGCUGCCUUUCCCAUCGCUGCUGCUGCUCGCCGAGCUGCAGGACCUGGCAGUCCAUCGGCUGAACACCUGGCAGCCCUGCUGGCAGUGCGCCUGGAGGGGGCAGCGGGGCUGCAGCUGUCGGUUCAGGCAAAGCGGGGACAUCUUAACUUCAUGAUGCAGCCUGGAGCAUUGUGUGAUGUGCGCAGCGGUGAUGACUCAGCCGCAGUUGGGGGCGAAGAGGCCACCUGCAGCAUGAGCACAGACAGCAGGGACUGCGGCCAGCAUGCAGGGGGUGCCAGAGAACACAGCAGCAGGGGCUCCAGCCAAACAGCCGAGGACGCUCCUGAGCAUGCCAGCUCUGCGUCAAGGAUGACCAAGGGCGCGACGGUGUCCGCACAGUGGGGCGGGGUCAGCAGGAGAGAGAUACAUGUGGAUGCCGGAUCACGGCGUUUUGAGGUUCGGCUGGUGCCAAUGCCGGCCAGCCGUGCCGAGAUAGCAGCAGAGUACCCAUUGUACAGGAGAUACCAAACCAUUCAUCACCACGAGUCCCCCCAGGAGGUGAAAGAAAGCUCCUUCAGGCGUUUUCUGGUGGACUCCCCCUUGAUGCGCAGGCGGGCUCCUCUGGGCCCAGAUGGCCAAGUGCCAUACUGGUCCUUUGGCUCCUAUCACCAACAGUACUGGAUUGACGGCGAGCUGGUGGCUGUGGCAGUGCUGGAUGUGCUGCCGCAAUGCAUCAGCUCUGUCUACUUCUUCUGGGAGCCCUCGCUCAGCUUCCUCAGCCUCGGCAAAGUCAGCGCCCUGCGGGAGAUUGCCUUUGUGCAAGCUGCCGCUAUGACCUGCCCCUCCCUCCACUGCUACUACAUGGGCUACUUCAUCAGCAGCUGUCCCAAGAUGAGGUACAAGGCGGACUUCAAGCCGAGCGAUCUGCUGUGCAUGCACUCUCUGUGCUGGGUCCCUGUGGAGCGCGCUGUGCCUGCCCUGGAUGCAGACAUGCACUGCAUCAUCAGCCGGAUACCUGGCGCCUUGGAGGGCUUGGAUGCAACGUUUAUGGGCGACUGCAGCGAGGCCUGCGACUACUUGUCAGAUGCCGCCCUCGAUGCCACUCUCCUGUAUCUGAGCAGCCAGCAGGGCCAGCGGCGCCUCAUUCGAUUGGGCCAGCUGGCACGCACGAGUGUGCCACAGGAAGCUCUGUGCUUGCUGAAGGAGAAGUUGCGCUCAUGGAGAAAAUAUGUGGGUCCUGCAGCAGACCAGUACAUUCAUGUGAUGUAGAUGUGAGUCGUGCCUGCAAUGUAUGUACGGUAUCAGCCAAUGCCCAUGCUGCUGUACUAUGAUGUUGUGGUGUUUUUCUGGACAUCGUAAAGUUGAAUUUUAUAUGUAAAGUAGAUCAUAUU